GGGCAUGCCAGCCUAACCUCAACACCAAAUCUCUUCAUCAUCAUCUAUCGAAUUAUUCGUUCUAACAAUAGUCGGCACCUUAUUGUCUCCUAACCCUUUCCGCACUGAGCCAAGCAUGGUAGAAACUCGACGCCAGGGCUCCAAGCCGAACGCUCAAGCUCGUGUGUGUCCUCACUUUCUGCGAAACAAGUGUAGAUACGGUCAAAAUUGCCGAUUACGACAUGACACCCCCAGCAACAAAUCCUCCGCCCCAACAAAUCAUUCCGACACCCCCAAACCUCCUCGAGAUGGAAAGUUACACCAGUGGAAGAGACUCAUAAAACUGGGCGACAUGGGUUACAAUUCGCCAGAGUUGACCAAAGCUGCCGUGGGUCAGUUCUUCCAGCUUGGUCUAGAGUUGUUGGACGGUGACAUCGGCGCUGCACAGGAUGCCAUCAAACUUCUUGCCAAAGACUCUGGUCUUGCCUUUAUCAAGGCCGUUGUUGAACUCCAUAUCCCGCACACCCACACCCUUGCCAACUUCACUCUGUGGGAGUCUGAAGUCAAGCCCAUGUUUUCCCUUAUCACCCACCCCAGAGUUGUAGACUCGGCUGUGCUUGAACAGCAAGUCGCUGACUUGUUCAACUUUCUCCUGGGAGUUCAGGGUCGGCGCAUGACUAAACUCUUCAACUUCAUUCUCCAGCUUCUCGUUAACUCGCUGCUCCCUGCAGAAGCCGAUUCGCGAGGCAACAUACUUGAGCUCUCAUUGAACGUCCUGUCAAAAAUAAUUGACUGCAACACCAACAAUAUUGUCAACCCGGAAUGUGGGAGACUGGUCUCUGCAUUCGUUCAACUUAUGCAUCAACACCCCGGUAGUCAAGACGACUUUUCUUUUCUGCAGGCAUCCAAGUACAUCGAGUACAUGCAGCAACGACUAGACACCGGCAAAGACAUUCCCGAUCUGGUAUAUAACCAGACCAUCCCUGUUUCAAGGCAAGAAUUUGUGCUCAAGAGGAAUGGUCCAGGCACACUUUCUGCCGAAGGUCGCCGCCAUGACAAUGACCACGCCAACAUCAACAAGAUCAAAAUCAUGCCCACCUAUGAUGAGAUUGUAUCACCCCGCGCAGAAUACCUACCGACCAAGUAUCCUUCCCAAUGGCAUAUCGACGGGAUUCGAGGCCGUCUAGAUCGAGAGUUUCGCCUCAUCAGAGAAGACACGGUCGGCCAGCUUCGAGAUGUUGUGCGCGACAUGCUGGAAGCCGCUCGAGACCCAAGAAAAGGCGCUCCACAAAAGUCCAAGACCAUGCGGACUUUUAACUACGAAGAUCCCGUCACCAUUAAUGUCGAUUGGCAUCGGAUCGGAGGCCUAGAGAUGGUCGUGCGUUGCAAUCAACUCCCGGUCGUCAAUAAGCUCAACGCGAUGAAACGACGUGAGUGGUGGGGGCAGUCCAAGCGACUGCAAUCUGGUGCGCUCGUCUGUUUGUUCGAUAUCACCGGCACAGUAUUGUUCUGUGUCGUCUCUGACACCACUAUGCGAUCCAAGGAUGACAAAGAUGCUAGGAAAAUGGACACCAAGGACAAGGAAAAGAACCAAGGGUCCGAUAAAGAAGUCAGAACCUUGUCGGACGACAAGGCAGUUCUCUUUGUGAACCUCAAGCUUGUUGAUCCAACUACCAGAGAGAUAUCUCAAGCCAUGCGAUGGUUCAAAAACACCCGAUCGUCUCCGCGUCGCUAUCUCGUUGAGUUCCCAGGCGUUCUGCUUGACUCAUUCAAACAUACUCUAUUGGCUUUGCAGAAGAUGCAUGAGAAGCCCAACGUUCCAUUCAAGAAUUUGUUAGCACCCAGCAAAGAUUCAGACUCUGAUACAGAUGUCGGACUGCCGCAUUAUGCAAGAAGGCCAGGCUUUACUUUCGACCUCAGCUGUCUCAGCACUGAUAACUCCACACUCAUCAUGGACCCUCACUCACCCAUCACGCCCGAGACCCUUGCGCUCAAAACAAGCCUUGAUCCCACCCAGUCUGCCGCCCUGUUGAACACUCUGACCAGAGAAUUGUCGCUUGUCCAGGGUCCGCCAGGCACAGGCAAAAGUUACACUGGAGAAAAGAUCAUCAAGGUUCUCUUGAACGCCAGAAAUAAAGCGAAACUGGGCCCAAUCCUCUGCGUCUGCUACACGAACCAUGCCUUGGAUCAGCUACUCGAGCACCUUCUCGAUGACGGCAUCAAAAGUAUCAUCCGUAUGGGGUCCCGCUCUAAAUCAGAGCGACUCGAAAAUUUGAAUCUGCGCACCAUUGCCAAAGAGGCUUUUCUUACAAAGUCGGAAAAGAGUGGUCUUUGGGAAGCAGAACGAGGAAUCCGUGAAGAUGUCGAUGAGGGCCAGAAGCUGCUGCAGGAGCUUGCCUUCUGCCAGUCAUGGGCCUCCGUGAAGGCCCUGAUGUCGUCCGAGUACCCUCGACAACACAUGGAGAUGUUUGGAGAUGAUCGCGAUGGAUGGAAGACAGUCAUUCACCAGCCCGAGAUGGUUAUUCAUCGUUGGCUUCAGGGUGGAAUUAAUACUGGAGCAAACCCCAGACAGCUUGAACAACUCAAACAUGUUCCACUUCAGAGUCUAUCAAAGGAUGAGCGUACCAUACUCCAUCGGCACUGGGUCAAGUCAAUCAGAGAUCCAAUCAUCACCAAGCUCGCAAGACUGAACAAACAAUACAACGAUGACGUCACACGCAAAGACGAGAUCCGCGGAGAUAUUGACCUGCGCUGUCUAAAUGAGGCAAAUAUCGUCGGCGUAACAACAACAGGCUUAGCUAGGAAUUUGAACCUCCUGCGAAAGCUACGAUGCAAGGUUCUGCUUUGCGAGGAAGCGGGCGAGGUUCUUGAAGCCCAUAACCUUACAGCCCUCUUGCCUUCCAUUGAACACACCAUUCUGAUUGGCGAUCACCUACAGCUUCGUCCUCAGAUACAGAACUAUGAUCUACAAAGCACCAAUCCGCGCGGCAAGCAAUUUUCACUCGAUGUUUCUUUGUUUGAGAGGUUGGUCGAGCCAUCGCACGACACAGCGGUCAAGAUACCUUACAGUGUGCUCGAGACACAAAGACGAAUGCAUCCUUCAAUCGCUGAAUUGGUCCGAUCGACUCUGUACCCAUCCCUCAAAGACUCGGAGAAUGUGGAGGAGUAUCCACAAGUAGUAGGUAUGAGACGUCGUCUGUUCUGGUUCGAUCAUGAUCAUCCAGAAACUGCAAACGACAACAACGAGUCGACGAGUACUUCCAAGUCCAACAACUUCGAGGUCGACAUGACAGCUUCUCUGGUUUCUCAUCUUUCGCAGCAGGGGAAGUAUGGCGCUGGUGAUAUUGCCGUUCUCACACCCUACCUAGGACAGCUUCAGCUCUUACGUCGCAGGAUGGAAUCCAUGUUCGAGAUUUGUGUCAACGAUCGCGACGCAGAUGAUCUUGAGGCCAUUGAGGAAGAGGGAACCGAUACCAAAACACCAAACGCUGGCACCCUUCGAAAAACAACUCUGCUCAAGACCGUCAGAGUGGCGACAGUCGAUAACUUCCAGGGUGAAGAAGCCAAGAUCAUUGUCAUCUCCCUGGUUCGAAGCAACCCUCAGCAGGAAUGUGGUUUCCUCAAGACCUCCAACCGUAUCAACGUUUUGUUGUCUCGUGCACAGCACGGCAUGUAUAUCAUCGGAAACCAAAACUCGUACGAGAGAGUACCAAUGUGGGCGGGAGUCAUCAAGAUUCUGGCUGCCGGUGAGAACAUCGGCACGAAGCUGGAGCUACAAUGCCCCAGACAUCCGGAGACACCUGCACUCGUCUCUCAUCCCGAACACUUCUCUCAAAUGUCUCCCGAAGAUGCGGAGACCCUUGCCAGAAUAAAUGUUUCGUCAGACUUGAGAGUCCUGUACUGCUUCCGUGCGGACAUCAACUGCUUUCUCCCCAAUGCUGGGAAGCGCAAGAUCCAGCGUCUGUUCGCUGCUUCAAGAUGGUUACCAAGAAGGUACCUGGAUGUGGCCAUGAAGUAUACGUCAAAUGCUGCGAGGAUGUUACAACGGAUGCCUUUGUAUGCUUCUCAGCCUGCGGGAGUAAUCGCGCCUGUGGACAUACCUGCAAGACGCGUUGCUCCCAAUGCAAUACACGAAAAGACGGGCUGCGCUCAAGCUUGUCAUGGCGAUGCACCUUGCCAGCCGUGCAAGGAACGAUGUGAAGCACGUUGCACUCACUCGAGAUGCGACAAGACUUGCAGUGAACCUUGCGCUCCCUGUGCUGAGGCAACUUGCGCUUCCAAUUGUGCCCAUUCCCAGUGUACUGCACCCUGUGCUGCCCCUUGCAACUGGGUACCCUGCUCUUUGAGAUGUGACAAGCUCUUGGAUUGCGGACACCAGUGUCCAUCACUCUGUGGAGAAGUCUGUCCUACUUCGGCACUCUGUCAGGUCUGCGCAACCGAUGAGAUCAAGUCAGUAUGCGUCGACUUCAUCAUGAUGGCGGAAUACAGGGACAUUGAUCUCAACGAAGAACCCUGUAUCUUCCCCAGCUGUGGCCACUUCCUCACUGUCUCGUCCAUGGAUGGUCAGAUGGGCAUGGCAGCGCACUACACACUCGACGCCAACGGUCUUCCCACACAGAUCCUGCGGGCCUCUGAGCCUUUCUCUUUGGAUGGCCAGGGCAUCAAGUCUUGCCCCACCUGUCGUGGAUCUCUCCGCAGUGUCUCACGAUACGGUCGAAUCGUGCGCCGUGCAAUGCUUGACGAGGCUACGAAGAAGUUCAUCUCGUGGUCGAAUGAUGAAUAUCACUUAGUGGCAUCAAGACUUGUCACUGAGCAAGAAUGCCUGGCUGCCCUGGAACCUCCAGUAAUACUGGAUCGCAACGCUGGAGCAGCUGCCAACUUGACCGUUGCAGGUUCACGUCAGAGGCAACUACAGCUUCUCAAAGAAUUUGUUGGUACACGAUAUGGUUCCAUUAUCCAGUGUCGGAAGACUGUUGUAUCCUAUGCCACCAAAGUGAAGAAGGAGGAACAACCUUUCCAGCGCGUUGCGAACCUUGUCAAGCACUCCAACCUUCAUCGGGGUGGGCAGAGCGAAUUCCAAUACGACCAAGCUGUUAUCCAAUCAAAGGGGGGGCUCCUUGCAUCGGCCUUGCUCUUGAAAUGUGACAUAUUAAUCCUUUCUGACCUCUUUGGGCUCUUGCUUGGUGGGAAGGCCAGGUUUUCUGCGUCAGACGUAAAUAUCGACUUUUCUCGCUUCAUGAUCGAUUGCGAUGCUUUGAUCAAAGAUGCGAAAACUGCUUUGUAUCCACGAGAGGAGGCCCAGGGUCAUUUAUUCUAUGCCCAACUUUGCGUUCUCUCUCGUCAAUGUGCCUCUGCAAAAGCGAAGCUGACUCAGACAAAUGCUACGACUUCAGUAUCUGAGUCUACAGCUGUUUCUGAAUCACUUGAACAGCUACAUGAUACAGGCCUCGGUCACAUCUUCGAGGCAAGGAGACUUCUGGAGGAGAACCCGUCCAUUCUAGUCCUUAAGAACGAGUUAGACGCUGCUGAGGAGGCUCUGAAUGGAGGGGUUUACCGUCCUGUCACAGCUGAGGAAUUGCGACAGGUCUAUGCUGCGUCUAAGGGAGAGCUACGUGGAACGGGGCAUUGGUACACGUGUCGUAACGGACAUCCUUUCACCAUCAACAAUUGUGGUAUGGCGAUGGAGCAAGCAACGUGUCCAGAGUGUAGAGCCCCAAUCGGUGGACAGAACCAUCGGUCAGUCGAAGGUGUAAGGCACGCGACUGAAAUUGAACAGAUGGCGGAAGGAUUAAGAGGAAUGCGUUUGUAA